AAAACUCUUGUAUGAUCAAAAUUAAAAAAAAAGACCCAAAUGCAAAAAUCGAGCUCCAGGGGGCAGAAAGUGAAAUCAGAUGAAGUCAGCGGUAUCAUCACUAGUUAGCUCCAAGAAUCAAAGUCAUUCUGCAAUCUCACGCCCCAUUCUGCAACACUCAUCGAAACCCAUUUCUCAAACAACAUUCUUCAUUCCAACCAUUCCCAGAAACACCAAAAAUCUAUAUAGUCAACGUUACAAAAAACUCCAAAUCAGGCCCAACUCGACAUCCGUAAUGGCAUCAUCUUUCAAGCCUGAACAAGCCAGCGUACCACCUGCCCUCCCUCUUCCCACCCCUCCUGUCACCAAGUUCAACAUUGGGCUUUGCCAGUUGUCGGUGACACCUGAUAAAGGGAGGAACAUAGGGCGUGCUCGGAAGGCCAUCGAGGAGGCUGCUCAAAAGGGUGCCCAGCUUGUUCUUUUGCCGGAAAUAUGGAACAGCCCAUAUUCAAAUGACAGCUUCCCUGUUUAUGCUGAAGAUAUUGACGCAGGUGGUGAUGCAUCUCCUUCAACAGCUAUGCUGUCUGAAGUUUCUAGUCGCCUGAAGAUCACAAUAGUUGGUGGCUCUAUACCUGAACGCUGUGGGGAUAAGUUGUAUAAUACUUGUUGUGUCUUUGGUACUGAUGGAAAGCUGAAAGCCAAGCACCGCAAGAUUCACCUUUUUGAUAUUGAUAUUCCUGGGAAGAUUACCUUUAUGGAAUCGAAGACCCUUACUGCUGGGGAGACUCCUACCAUUGUGGACACAGAUGUUGGGCGUAUUGGUAUAGGCAUCUGUUAUGACAUUCGCUUUCAGGAAUUGGCGAUGAUAUAUGCAGCAAGAGGUGCUCACUUGCUAUGUUAUCCUGGAGCAUUUAACAUGACAACCGGACCAUUGCAUUGGGAAUUGCUGCAGCGAGCAAGGGCUAUGGAUAAUCAGUUAUAUGUUGCAACUUGUUCACCUGCUCGAGAUGCUGGAGCCGGUUAUGUGGCUUGGGGUCACUCAACCCUUGUAGGACCUUUCGGAGAAGUCCUAGCUACAACUGAACAUGAUGAGGACAUAAUUAUAGCAGAGAUUGAUUAUUCGAUACUUGAGCACCGAAGGGCAAGUCUUCCCUUUGCAAAGCAACGGCGAGGUGAUCUUUAUCAGUUGGUAGACUUGCAGAGACUCAACUCGAAUUGAUUAGAAUAGAGAACCUUGUGAGAGAGCUGUGAUACAUGGUGAGAAAUUUCAUUGAGAAAGGUAGAACUCCAUUAAAAAUUAUGGGACUGUUCUAGUCCUUUACUCAGUUAAGGAAACUCACUCAAUGGUUAACGAGAAUUUUAUCAUUCGGAUGAUUGCUGGAAACUCGUUUUUGCACAAUAAUGGGAUUUGUUACUGUUUUCAUGUUUGUAAUUCCUAAUUUAGACGGCCUUCCUUACAACCCUCUGACUUGGAUGGUUGGAUAUGAGAAUAUACACUUAUCUAUUGCAUAAUUUUGCGUCUAGGACACUUGAAAGAACAGUUCCGAAGUAUUCAGAGAAAUGAUAAUUUUAUAUAUGAUAAAAAAAUAUAUACGAG